AAUGUUUAGAUUGUUUGAUUCGAAUUAUCAAUAAAUGAAUCAAAUUAUUGAAGAAAGUGGAAAUGUUCUUUGGCUUGGUGAUUUUACAGCAGCAUUAGACAGGACUCUUCUAGAUUCAAAAGGUAUUAAAACAGUAUUAACUGUUGCAACAGGCUUAGAUGUUUCUUAUAGAGAACCUGGAAUAACUCAUAAGGUAGAGAAUUUAAUAUAAGAUAGGUAUAUCAUAUCCUAGAUUCAGAAACUGCAAAUAUUGGUAGAUUAUUUUCAGACACCAACACUUAAAUAAUUGAAGGUUUAAAAAGAGGAUCAGUUUUAGUACAUUGUGCUGCUGGAGUCUCUAGAUCAGCUUCAGUAGUGAUAGCAUAUUUGAUGAAAACAAAAGGAUUAGGUUUUUAAGAGGCAUUUAACUUUGUAAAAAAGAGAAGAAGUGUCAUUUAGCCUAAUUAUGGAUUUAUCAAAUAAUUAAGAAAUUAUGAAAAAGAAGUAAAAGUAGUAAAAAAGGAACCACUAUAACUUAAAAUAAGUGAAAAUCCAUAGGAUGGAAAGGGUUGGUAAAUGAUGAAGACUUAAGAAAGGAAGCCAGCAGAUCUUAACAUAGUUGGCUAAUAAGCUGUUCAAUAAAGAUAACCUAGUGUAUUAGCUUAACCAAAAAUCACUACUUCAAAUUCUACAAGAGCUAAUUCAACUGUUAAUUCGAAAAAGUUGUUUGAACCAUAAAAGACUUACUAAGGACCAUAGAUUGUAACCUAUGCAAAAAAUAAUAAAUUAGUUCUCAAAAAUCAUUUUGCAAUGCCUGAGAUAAAAUAAAAAAAUUACAAGUGA